AUGGGUAGCUUCGAACAGAUGUAUCUUGCAUUUGUACGCAAGAUUUAUGCGAAAGGAGAAAGCCCCAACCUCGUUAAGAACGGGGAAUGGAGACGCAGCUGCUCAUCAAAACAUGUAAGAGAAGAGUGCAAUAAGUGGACAAAAGCAGCAGAAGCAGCAGCAAAAUGCAAAAUAAAGGGCAGCAGCAGCAGCCAGCAGCAAGGCUACGUGGGAAACUUGAAAAGGAAGUCCUUAGAAACCAUUGUCGCCAAGCAGAAUAUGCUGAAAUCAACAUUUGAUUCAGCCAAGGCGCUCUCCAUCCUACUCGUUUUCGGUGUCUACUUUCUUCAGACUGCUUCAUCGCCCCCGCCAGGAGAUGCAGCUUGUGGACUGAACUUCACUUCCAUUCCUUAUGAACCAAGUGGUGAAUGCAUCAGUGGCAUCCAUGAAAAGGCUAGCGACUGGGAUGGCGUUCCCUCGUCAAUUUGCUGUAGGAAUGCCCUUAAUACGUUGACACGAGCACUAGCCAGGCAGGCAACUACUGGGGAUGGAAAUAUUUUUAUCGAUGGAGAAAGAUGGAAAAACUGUAACGAUCCCUUUCACCAGCAGCAAUCUGUUUCUGUUCAAGCAUGUGGAUUCGACGAUCUCUUCUAUGGAAGCAGUCAAUGCUCCAGCCUUAAAUUGUCAUCUAUUACACAAAAUUCGAGUUUUCAAGCUGCCUUCCAUCAGUGUGCUUCAUUCAAUCCUUCAUUCGAUAAUAUCUGCGGCAAUUGCACAAAUGCAUUAAUAACUGCAACAAAUCAGUUCCUGGAUCAGCUAUAUGCACGAGACAAUAAUACCGAAAAAGUCAUCUGCGGAGUUGCUCUGAUCGUAGCAGUUGUAGCAGGAGAAAUAGACAAUGAAUCUCAAAUUAAAGAUUUCUACCGGUGUUUGCCUGCUUUGAUAGAAUCAGGCCGCUACAUUAAAAUAAAAUCUUCUCUCGCAAGAGCACUUCUGGCUGUCCUUUUGGCUACCACUGGGCUGAUCCUGAUCAUUACUCUGAUAAAGUAUGUAACCAAGAGCAAGAGGCAAGAGAAAAAACGUGUUCGGGCCAGAGAUAUUGUUGCAUGGUCAGCCCUCUACAGCUUCUCUAAAGCCGAGAUUGAGAAUGCCAUGAACUAUGGCAAUGAAAAAGAGUGCCUUGGACGUGGGAGUGCUGGGGUGGUUUACAAGGGAAUUCUACCGAGUGGACAAGUGGUGGCGAUUAAGCACGUACAUAAGAGUAACACCUCAGACUCUUUCACUAGGGAAAUUGAAGGCCUUUCAAGAGUUCGACAUCCGAACCUAGUUUGCCUAUUUGGUUGUUGCAUGGAAGAUGGUGAGCAGUACUUAGUCUAUGAAUACUGUUCAGCUGGGAAUCUUGCUCAGCAUCUCCUAAAGAAAGAAACUGUCCUACAGUGGGAAAGGAGAGUUAAGAUCCUCCGGGACUGUGCCCUUGCACUCAGAUAUCUCCAUCAUUAUGUAGACGGAUGCAUCGUUCACAGAGAUAUUAAGCUUACGAACAUUCUUUUAACUGAGAAUAUGGAACCAAAGCUCUCCGAUUUUGGGCUGGCAAGAGUUCUGGGAAUGGAGGAGAGCAAAGUAUUUACAGAUGUUCGGGGAACUCUAGGCUAUAUGGACCCUGAAUACAUGAGUAAUGCCAAAUUGACUUGUGCUAGUGACAUCUAUAGUUUCGGCAUUGUUGCUCUGCAAGUUCUCUCAGGACAGAAAGUAAUUGAGCUGGAUCUAGAUGCCAGAGACCAGUUAACUAGAAAGGCAAAGGAUGUCAGCAUGGGAAAACGUCCACUGAAAGAUAUUGAAGACCCAACCCUGGAGGGUAACCUGAAUGCUGUUGAUUUUGAAUCCAUACUGCAAAUUGCAGUACUAUGCGUUGCAAAAUCAAGCGAUGGCCGCCCAUCGAUAGAUAUUGUAUUCGAGGAAUUGGACAAGGCAUGGAAAAACACAAUGGCGGACAGGAGGGCUAAAAGUUUUGUAACACAACGAUCAAGGUCAGUAGAGGUACUGCCACUUUGA